CAUGUGUAAAUAUGUGUCUGUUUUUUUUUUAUUACACAAUUGAAAAGUUCUAUUUUUAUAUGCUACCAAAUAAAUAAAAAAAAAACCAUUUAAUUGUUGUUUGUUGUUCUGUUUAUUUUCAGAUUUUAUAAUUGGCCAUUCUAUUUUUAUUCCAUUUUAAAUCAAACAGAUUACCCCGAAUAGUUUGGCUGGAAGCGAAAAUUUGAAAUAAUUAUAUUUAAUUGCAAAAUGGCCACCAAAGCCCAACAGCUACAGGCCAUGUUCGCCAGGCGACGUGAAAUGGAACACAUGCACAUUGAGCGUACUCAGGCAGUGAACAAAUACUACGAUCACUGGGGCAAGGUGACGACACGCUUCGAAAAUUGGACCACACCUGAAUAUUAUAAACAGGCAGAGGAAAAAAUGCAGCGUAGCAAAGAGGAAAAAGAGAAACAAAAGCAAAUGGAAGUGCGUCGUCGAAAACUAACAGAGCUCUUCGAAAACGAAAGAGAACAAUAUAACCUAGAGAUGAAGGACAGGCAACGAUCACGUAAAGUUCGAGCGGUUAGCACAGCCACACUGGCAAAGAUUAAUGACAAUCUAAAGGAGCAGCAAGCGAUACGACGAAAACUGGAAUUGGAGGCUAAACUCUAUGGCAAAUGGCGGCAUGGAGUGGAUGAUGAAAAUCUCAUUUUCGAAUCAAAAAGUGAUCAUGAGGUGAUAGCCAAGCUAAAUUGGCUCGACAAACAGGUGGAAAAUCAAUUGGAAAGGGAAAAGGAAGAGCUUGAAAAUCGUGAACGCAUGCUACGCUUGCAGGCCGAACAAAAUCGAGCCGAAGAAUUGCACAAGCAACGUCAGGAGAUACGUCAAAAAGAAAUCGAGGAGAUACGCGCCCUACAAGAGAGCCACAUGGAACAGCUGCAGGAGCGACAAAGAGAGAGUGAGAAACUUAAAGAGAGUGAAAAACUGAUGCGAGAAAAUAUCGAAGAAGUGGAAAAGGAAUUGGAGCUACUGGAAGAAAGUUAUGCGGUGUUGCAACAACCUUCUCAGUUUGGAGGGGCCUAUAAUUUGACCAAAAUCAAGGUUUUUAUGCGUAAACGAUCCGAAGUCUACCGGAAUCACAUUAAGUUGUGUAUUAGCAUUUUAGAACGCACUGCCGCCUAUGCUUCCAAAUCCGAAGGGUUGUUGGCUCUCAAAGAGAAACUUAGCAAGCAGUUGGAUUCCGAAAUGUAUACCUUGACCCAAAUUGAUGCCAUGUAUGAAUCGGAGGCGAAAUAUAAUCUACAUCGUUGUGAGGACUUGUGGCAAACCCAGUCGGCGGAACGUUAUAAGGAAAUGAAGGAGAUUUUGAAUUUGGAACGCAAUUCCAAUGGUAAAUUGUUGAACGAUAUUUUGGAACGAGAAAAUGAAUUACUGGACCUGCGCACAACCCAUCUCAAUGCCAUUGAGAGCACGAGUGAGAAAUUGAAACAGUUGAUAAAGGAACAAGAGGAAUCACCACGCCCUCUGUGUGUGUGCACACCACGAACCAUGGAAGAGGAAUCAAGGAAAUCUAUAGCUUCCACACCCAGAAGUUGUCAUUCGGAUGGGGAUUUCUCCCGAGUUCAUAGACCACAAUCUUGCCAGACAGCCGUCUCUAAAUUGGAUUCUUGCCACAAUGGCCGGGAAAAUUCCGCCAAUCGUUAUGUUGAUAAUAUCUCGAAGACAUUCCGUGAUCUAAACUUAGAUGUUUGGGAGAGUAUGGCAUCAUCACCACGUGAGGUGGACAAUCAACGUUUAGAGGCUCAACGGGCAUUACGCGUCGUUACCGCCGAUACAGCUGAAAGACCACGUUUUGGCCGAAAACGUGUUGCCUGGACUUAGAGUGCAGGAGAUCCAUUUUUUUUUUGCAUUUUAAAUAUUUAAAAAAUAUAUAUUUUCGAAAU